ACACACACAAAAAUUCGGCCAGAGUCCGCCAGCGCCAGUAACGAAUUUAGCCAUUUUCUGUCUCUUUCCUUAAGCACAAGAACCUCUCUGUAUCCACUUCUAUUCUAAUCCACGCCUGGAUUUGUUUUGGAAGUUCUCAGCCAAAAUGAUAGCCACCGGAACUUCAUCUUCAUCGGCCAAACCGCCGCCGCAACCUCCUCCUCAACCGCCCCAGUCAUCAUCUACUGCUACAACCACCACCACGACAACAGCAACUACUAGUACAUCAGCAGCAGCAGCAGCAGCUCCUCCUUCUACAACCUCCAUAGCAGCCGAUAGCUCAGGUGGCAAGAAGGUUAGAAAGCCUUACAUCAUCACCAAAUCACGUGAGAGCUGGACAGAAGAAGAACACGACAAGUUCCUCGAAGCUCUUCAGCUGUUUGACCGUGAUUGGAAAAAGAUUGAAGAUUUUGUGGGUUCAAAGACUGUGAUUCAGAUACGAAGUCAUGCUCAGAAGUACUUUUUGAAGGUUCAAAAGAAUGGCACAACUGCACACGUUCCUCCUCCGAGGCCUAAGCGCAAAGCUUUACAUCCUUAUCCGCAAAAGGCAUCCAAAAACAUUUUAUUGCCACUCCCAGCAUCGAUGGCUUAUCAUUCCUCAAUGGAUGUCUGUGCACCUGGAUAUGCUCCUUGGGAUGACACUUCCAUGCUAAUGAAUACUGCAACAAGCGAAAUCAUGACAUUGCAAGACGGAUUUACUCUUCAUGGAGCUGAAGAUGAUCUUGCAUCAAAGGGGGCAUCGAGGUUAAGUGAGAAUAGUGCUGGUGGCUUGGAGAGCCUAAGUAGAACAGUGCCAAGCUCUGAUAUGCCGAAACAGGGCAAACAAGCACCUGUUCUUCAUGGUUUACCGGACUUUGCUGAAGUUUAUAGCUUCAUUGGGAGUGUCUUUGAUCCAGAAACCACAGGUCAUGUGCAAAAGCUCAAGGAAAUGGAUCCUAUAAAUUUUGAAACUGUUCUAUUACUGAUAAGGAAUCUCACUAUUAAUUUGUCUAGUCCUGAUUUUGAGCCAAUGCGGAAGGUUCUGUCAUCGUAUGAUACGAAUGCCAUAACAGUGGGAAUUGCUGCUAAGAGCCAAACCAGUGAUAUAUCAUGUUGAACUAUUUGGACGCUGGUUCCCUAAUAUAAUCUUUCUUCACAGUAAACAGGAGGUGUGGAGCUAGCUUUCUUGGGGCAAAAUGAGACAGUUAGAAGUGCAUGCUCAGAAAUAUGUGUAAAGACGAAGAAGCCGUAGAAGAAAGUCGUUUUAAUUGAUUUGUAAGAUCCACCAUGGUCUUAAUUUGCCGAGACCCACGUAGGUAUAUACGGUAUCUAUCAGCAUACAAGACUGUUCCUUCAACCAAAAAUCUGUAUAUUUUGUGAGGUUGGCUAUUUAACCAUUUGUUAAAAUAGUAGUAGCAUAAGUUUUGAUAGUGCUGGUGGUGUGUGACUAUAACAACUUCGGCACAUAUGACUGAUAAGUGUUGCCUCCCAAACGUGUUCAUGUACUGGGAACCCUUUUUUUUGUUGGGUCAUAUUUGGCAAACGAUAUUGAUAAAACUCUUGUGAUGGGAGAUUAGGAAUAUUUAUAGUGAAUGAAGGACUCGUUUGAAUUUAUGUAUUGUAAAAAUUUAGUAUAAAUUAAUCUCAUUGUCGCAAAAUAUAUGUUUGUUUAA